UCGCUCCCCGCAGUGACGCACCUGGUGCUGUUCUUCGAGGCGCGGCUGAAGGACCAUCAUCUGGUGAUCCCCGCCGUGCUGCACGGCUUGCACGCGCUGAGCCUGAGCGAGGCGCUGGCCCCGGGCCUGGCCGUGUCGGUGCUCAAGGCCAUCUUCCAGGAGGUGCACGUGCAGUCGCUGCUGCAGCUGGAUCGGCACACGGUCUACACCAUCAUCACCAACUUCAUGCGCACGCGGGAGGAAGAGCUGAAGAGCCUCGGCACCGACUUCACCUUCGGCUUCAUCCAGGUGAUGGACGGCGAGAAGGACCCGCGCAACCUGCUGGUCGCCUUCCAGAUCGUCCGCGACCUCAUCCUCAAGGGCUACGCGCUCGGCCCCUUUGUGGAGGAGCUGUUUGAGGUGACGUCCUGUUACUUCCCCAUCGACUUCACCCCGCCCCCCAAUGACCCCCACGGCAUCCAGCGGGAGGAUCUGAUCGUCAGCCUCCGCGCCGUGCUGGCCUCCACGCCCCAGUUCGCUGAGUUCCUUUUACCGCUUCUCAUCGAGAAAAUGGACUCGGAGCUGCAGAGCGCCAAGCUGGAUGCUGUGCAAACCUUGGCAGAGUGCCUGGGUGCACUGACUGCACUGGCCGCCUGCCUGUCCCACACCGUGCUCCACGCCGACACCCACGACCUGCUGGACACCUUUCUCAGCAGCGUGCUGCAAGACUGCCGGCACCACCUGUGCGAGCCCGACAUGAAACUGGUGUGGCCGAGUGCCAAGCUGUUGCAGGCUGCAGCCAGCGCCUCACUCCGGGCCUAUCACCACAUCGCCGGCAGCGUCCUGCCCCUGCUGCUGGAGCAGUACAACCAGCACCCCCAGAGCAGCCAGCGGAGGACGAUCCUGGAGAUGCUGCUGGGCUUCCUGGAGCUGCCGCAGAAGUGGGGGCACGAGGAGGGUGACGAGACUGUCCUGCUGGAUGUCCGUGCCCCUCUGUGCUCUGUGGUGUUCUCGGCACUGACAGACCCCAGCGUGCAGCUGCAGGUAGUGGGUGUCCGGGCCCUGACUGUGCUGGGCAUGCUCCCAGGGCUUCUGGUGGCCUCAGACUUGGACUUAGCUGUGGACCAUUUGACACGACUCGUUCUCCAUGAGGAGGAUCCCCAGAGCAGCAUGGCAGCAAUGGAGGCGGCAGGUACCCUGGCACCUGCCCACCCUGGGGCCUUCACAGACCGCAUGGUGCGAGCGCUGGCGCAGGAGCUGCAGACAGAGCGGGAGGAUGAGGGCACGCGGCACCAGCGCUGCCUACAGGCCUUGGCUGCUGUGUCCACACACCCCAGCAUUGUGCGUGAGACCGUCCCCGUCCUGCUGCAGCAUUUCCGCCACCUGCAGAGAGGCAGUGAGCCAGGGGACGCUGGGAAGAUGGCAUCGCUGUGCCGCAGCCUGCACCGCGUGGCCAUGCAGAGCCAGCACGACCCCGAGAGUUGCAGCUUCUACCACCGGGCUGUGGUGCCCUGUCUGCUGGGCCUGGCCCUGCAGGCUGCCCUGCAAGAGGAUGCUCUGGCGCCAGGCAAGGCGCUGCUGGAGGAGGAGGCUUUGACCUCCAUGGUGCCCGUCAUCAGCGCUGCCAGCACCCACCUGAGCCCCGAGCUGGCAGUGCAGAGUGUAGCACUCAUGGUGCCCCUUUUCCUGGACGGGGACGUUUCCUUCUUACCCCAGAACAGCUUCCCCUGCUCUUUCCAGCCCUUCCAGGACGGGCUGUGCUUAGCAGCGCAGAGACGCCUGGUCAUCCUGCUCAUGGCCUUCAUCUGUUCCCUGCCCAGGAACGUCCCCAUCCCUCAGCAGGACCGGCUGCUGCGGGAGCUGCUGGCCCUGAGCUGCGCCUGUGACUGCCCCUUUGCCGCCACGGCUGCCGCUAAGUGCUUUGCAGGACUGGUGAACAAGCACCCAGAAGGGCUGCAGCUGGACGAAGUGCUGCAGCUAGCACUGAACCGGCUGGAGCCGGGCCUGGCCGAGGGUCCCCACCGCACCCAGGCCCUCGGCCUGCUCCUCUGGGUGACCAAGGCUCUGGUGCUGCGCUACCACCCGCUGAGCUCCCGCCUGACGGACAAGGUGCUGGCACUGCUGGGGGACGCAGAGCUGGGCCCGGCGGCAGCUGAGGGGCUGGGGCUGCUGCUGGGCGAUGCACCUGACGUGCUGCACCGCAGCUGCCACGCCGACGUGCGCCUCAUGUACCGCCAACGCUUCUUCACCGACAAUGUGCCCCGGCUGGUGCAGGGCUUCCACGCUGCCCACUCUGGUGUGAAGGCUAACUACUUGAAGGGGCUGUCGCACGUGCUGAAUCACCUGCCCAAGCCCCCAGCCUUGACCUUGACUCACCUGCAUGCUCUGUUCCAGGCUGUCCGCAUCGCUGCCCUGCGCUGCAUCCACGCGCUCACUAGCCUGCCCGCCCCAGGGCUGCUCCCAUACAAGGCACGGGUGAUCCGGGCCUUGGCCAAGCCCCUGGACGACAAGAAGAGGCUCGUGCGGAAGGAGGCAGUGGUGGCGCGUGGGGAGUGGUUCCUCUUGGGCAGCCCGGGCAGGUGAGGCCCGUGCCACCCCCUGCACGACUGACAAUCGCACCCCAUGCCUGGCCUGGCGUGCCGCCAGUGCCACCAAGCUAACCCAACCCGCUUCCUGCCGGGACCAGAGGGCAGCACCUUCGCCAUGCCCACCCUGCGCCCAGGAGCCACUGCCACACACAGGAGGGAGCAGGCAGGGCCCAGGCACGUGUUGCACUCCACAUGCCACCAGAAUAAACACACGUGUUUUGGUA